AUGGAAAACCAACAUUUUCAAGCUGCUCAUUAUGGUGAAGUACCUGAAGAACUUUUAGGUUACUUUAAAAGUGUAGAAUCAAAACUUGAUGAUCAAUCUUUUGAAUCUGCUGAAGAUCAACGUUUAUUUGUGGACAACGUGUAUACUGAAGUGGAAGGAAAUGAACUUCGUUUAGCUACCAACUAUUCUUGCUCAUUGGUUUUGGAAAAAUUGUUGAAAAUCUCUGAUUCAUUCCAACUACGAGUGUUUAUGGAUAAAUUGAGCGGAUCUACUAUUCCAUUAUUUGCUCAUCGAUUUGCAUCUCAUGUAUGUCAAACAUUAUUGACUUUGGCUGCAGAUGUUGUAGAUCAAGAAAUGGUUCAAGGUGUACAGCCAAAUCAAGGUGAACAAGCAGAAAAUGAUCAACAGGGUGUUUUACUUACAAUGCAAGAAUUAGUCCUUGGAAUGUGUGAGGAUUUGAAACCUUCAGUGGGUGGUUUAAUCUCUCAACAAUUCGCCUCUCAUGUCAUUCGAGUUCUUUUAUAUGUUUUGGCUGGAAAACGUGUAGAUGAAUCCGGUGAAAGUAAUAGUCGACUUCGUACCAAGAAAUCUCAUAUUUACAAGGCUGAAAACAACAAUGUCAAGAACACUCGCACAGGCAACAAGCAUCUCCGUGUACCCAAUUCUUUCAAGGAAAUGUUUAGAAGUUUGACUAAAGAAUUAGCAAUGAAUGGAAAUGAAGCUGUUAUUAGAAGUUUGGCCGUACAUCGUGUGGCCAGUCCUUUGAUUCAAGUCUUACUAGAAUUACAAGAUGAUAGUGAAGAAGGAAGACAAGCACAAACUGCAUUAUUGGAUAGUCUUUUAUGGGGAAUCGUUAGUGAUGUUAAUCCUGCGGACGAACGUAAAAAGGAUGAUCGUAAAGCAUGGUUCCAAACAUUGAUUCGUGAUAAAGCUGGUUCACAUUUACUGGAAAUGGUGGUCAAGGUCGCGCCUGACAAUGUGUACGAUCAACUUUAUAAAACAUAUCUUGCUGGUAAUCUAGAGAAGUUUGGUCUUAAUCCUGUUUCCAAUUUCGUCAUUCAACAAUUGAUCAGCAAUGUCCGAACUCCUGCUCAAGUUCAAUCUAUGGUAUCUGAAUUAGCUGGUAAACCUUUUACAUCAAUGUUGAAGAAUGGUAAAUAUGGUGUUAUCCGUAGUUUGGUUGAUGCUUCGGUCAAAGUACAGGGAUGUUAUAAACAAGUGGUGGAUGCAUUGGUGGCCGCAUUAGGUAUGACUGAUGAUACUACUCAACAAAAGCAAUUUGUGGAUUGUGUGAUCCGUAUGAAAACAUUAGAUAACUGGAAUAAUCUACUCAGUGAAGAACAAGAUAGUUUACGCAACUUCCAUCUUCAAGGAUCAUUGAUUUUACAAGGAAUCAUGAAAAUGCCUGCAGAACAAAAUGCGUUUGUAGUCAAUAGUUUCUUGUCUAUGAAACCAGCUGUCAGUCUACGGUGGUGUUAUACUCCUAUGGGAUCACGAGUGGUAGAAUCAAUUAUUGCAUCACAACAUGUCAAUGAUAAGAUUAAAAAGAAAUUAUUAAAGAAUCUAUUGGGCGAAUAUGUAUCAUUAUCUAAGGAUAAAUUUGGUAGUCAUAUUGUUGAAACUUGUUGGUCUGUUGCUGAUAUCGAAAUCAAGGAAAAAAUUGCUCGUGAAUUGGUGAAAUAUGAAUACGAUCUUUCUGAACAUCAUUUGGGUAAAUGUAUUCUAUGGUCUUGCAAGAUUGAUUUAUUUAAACGACAUUACAAUGAAUGGGUGGAACGAGAAAAGGGUGUAGAUCGUAAGAAGGACAUGUUCAAGGAUAUCCUAGGUGAUGAUGUCAAGAUGCCUAAGAAACGACAAUAUCGAUCUUAUUAG